CUAGCAACAGAAAAAAAACCUUGGUGGUUGCAGUGCAAAUGGAACACGACAACCAGUUUUAACAGAACAAAGAAAGAACAAAAUAGUGUUUCCAGGCAUCCAUGUCUGAAUAUGAGAAAGAAAAUUCUGCCAAUAUGGCACCCUCUCAACGAAGUCCAAAGGAUCUUAAAAUGAUGAUCAUAGACAGCAAACAGGAAAUAGAUGAAGUUCAGCAUGCUUUGGAUAAGCUACGUGCACUUUCCCAGGAUGACCAGACAGAAAAUACACUUCUGCGAUCCAGAAUAGACGAGCAGUCUCAGCUGAUCUGCAUUUUGAAGCAGAGGGCCGACGAGAUGGUUCUGCGAUGCCAGGCACUUGAUAGAAUUAACGCAGAGCUGGAGAACAUGAGAGAUGAUGUGCUAUGCGAACUGAAGAUCGAAAGACAUCGAUCCACACAGCUUGAGGACAGGUUCAUGGAUUUGGCAGCCAACCACCAACAGAUAAUCAAAUUCAAAGAUGAGUACAAAACGCAGAAUGCAGAACUGAAAGAGGAGAAUGAAAGGCUCAGGAAUGAGAACGAGAGCCUUUUCUGUGAAGUACUUCAGCAGAAGGAGCAGAGAAUUGUUGAGCUCACAGGAGAAGUGAAGAGAAUGACAGAGCAAUAUAAGGACUUAGAGUUGGAAUAUAAACAAAAGUCAAACGAAUUCAAGGCCAAAGUGGAGGAAGUUAAUGAAAAUCACCAAAUUAAGGAAUCAGCUUUUCUGAGUAAAUUAGAAAUUCUUCAGCAAAAGUUAAAGGAUUCUACAGAAAAGUGUACUGAAUUAGAUUUAAUGCUCAAACAAGCAACUGAAAAGGACACGUUAGAGGAAUCACAACUCCAACUUAAGUUACAGGCUUUAAUCAGAGAGAAAGAUGAACUUUUGGAGCUUUCCAUGCAAAGAGGGAAACUUAUACAGGAUAAGCAAAAGGAGAUUCAGCAGCUAGAGGAAAAAAGCGAAAUCGCAGAAAAGGCUAGAACAGCAGCAGAAAAACGGUUUGAACAAGAAGAAUCUGCAGUAAAUUUAAAUUUAAGAGUGAAAGAACUUCAACACUGCCUUGAUGAAUCAAAACAGAUGUACAAUGAACUCAAGAAGGAAUUUGAAGUCUACAAGAAACAUAGCUGUGAUCUUCUUGCAAAAGAAAAGGAGUUGAAUGCCAAACUACGCCAUGUUAUUGGUUGAUGCUACAUUACCUCAUCUGUAAAUGUACGCAAAUGUGUCAAAUUCAUAUUGUGCACGAUAACACCUUUUAAUUAAACUACAGACACUCUAGUAAUUUAUACCGUAUUCACACUACCUAUACAAUGCAUCGCCACACUGAUUGUAAAUUAAGGGAGUAACAAUCACAUGGUUUCAACGUGUGUUUAACAUUUAGAUAGUGUGGAGAGUAUCUGACAAAUGUUCUUUUGAUGGAAACAUCUCAAUUGGUACGCGUUAAAAAAAAAAAAAAUUAGUACAAAUGUAUUUUAUUAGUGUGAAGUUGUGGGUGCAUAAUUAAACUGUUAACAAAACAAAUACAAUAACGUCCCAUAAACAUAAUGACUGUUAGAUUAACAAUAUUUGUGAAUUAGGGUGCCAACUGCAGUUCAAAGUCUUGCUAUUAAAAGUAAUUUGCAUUUAAGAGCAGCGUGAUCUUUUCAGGGAUCCAAAGAUUCAGGCAAAAUUUCUAUAGCUCCGAAUCAGCAGGGGUGUUUCAAUACUUUAUAUAUAUAUAUUAUAAAAAAUAAUAUGGCAUUAAAAUAACUUGUGUAACCUUUUACAAGCUUUGUUACUUGCCCAUCUUCAACAAAGUUUCCAUGCAAAGUUCAAGAUGCAGAUUUUAUCACAGCAAUAGCAAAUUAAAUAGUCACCAUAACCUACAUUCUGCUACAGCACUAUCAGUAAUUAAGGGACAUCUGCUACAAAAUACAGGGCUGCAAUAUGGCAGACUUUAGAUCAUGCCAAUGUUACUGUCUGGAAAGGUACUGAAAAAGACAAUUGCUUUAGUGGCUUGAUUUAUAGCCAUUCUUAAUUUACCCAAAGAGUUUUAGUAGGGAAAAAAAAAUAAAAA